AGGCUAUAUGUCGGAUAGAUUGACUCAACUACAGGAUCUAAUAAAUGAGUUAGCAUCGUUUAUGACGAAUGCAAUUGGAGUGCUUCAGGCAACAGCGCCACCCUGCGAUUUUGAUAGAAGCAAUCCAGAGCUGGAGGAGGAAACGAAUUGCCAAUUGUUUGCCGCACAUAUAGCCAGAACGGCGAAGGAUGUUGAGGUUUUGAUAGAUUCAUUUCCUAUUGAAGAUGCUGGCAAUGGAGACACUGUAGAACAAUUACUACAAGUGGAUGCUGAACGGUCAAAGGUAGCGCGCGAACUGGAGUGUGUAGUUAAUGAAGGCGAAGAUCUAGUGCAACGUAUACAGCAACGGUUGUCAGACAUUGCUCGGGUUCAAAUCAUGUCUAGGCCUUCUUGUUGAACUUUUUUCCUUGUAAAUAAACAGAAU